AUGACAGAGGUCGAGGCCAGCAGAGGGCUGAGCAGGAAGAAGUCGAUGCGUGCGCGAGAUCCAGAGGAGGACAUGAACGACAAGAUGUUCGAGGACAGGCUAAAGGAGCGGCUCACUAUUGCUGUUGUUGGAGGAGGGAUCGGCGGCCUUGCCGCGGCGCUGGCCCUGACACGGCGCGGGUUCAAGGUCAAGGUGUUCGAGAAGGAUCCUUCGUUCUUCUACCGCAGACAAGGAUACGGGCUCACCUUGCAACAAGGGAGCUUCGCGCUGACGGCCCUCGGCCUCUCCGACGCCAUUGUCGCUGCAGCCUCUUGGUCCCAGUCUCACUUCAUAUUCGAUUCCCACGGGCAGCUCGUGUCGUUCUGGGGUCCCACUUGGAACGAG